AUGAAGAUGAAAUCAUCAUAUCUCAGGUGCUCAGUGGUUGGCGACGCCUGCGUUGGAAAAACUCGCCUCAUAAAGAAUUUUGUCGGCGAGAAAGGAGAUGAAAAAUAUACUCCAACCAUUUUUGAAAACUACCAUGGUGAAACUAUGAAUAGAGGAAAAACGACAAGCAUCUGUCUCUAUGAUUUACCCGGCCAACACGAUUUUAAUCAGAUGAGGAAGUUUGCCCUUAAAGACAGCAAUUUGGUCCUCAUCUGUUACGACGUCCAAAGGCGGAAGUCUUUUGACAACGUACAGUCCGUAUGGAUUCCAGAAAUUCGACAAUUUCUUGGAAAGUCCGUUCCUAUUGUCCUCGUCGGGAUUCUUUCAAAUAAGACCGAUAAAAGGAGUGUCUCCAGGAGCGAGGCAAUCAAAGUUACCUCUCAAAUGUUACUUCAAAAUUACUUUGAAAUUGAUGGCGAGGAUGAUGUAGAGGUUUUGUGUUUGUUUUCUUACAUCGCAUCAAUUACACAGAAAACAAAGAAAAGAAGCCUAUCGUUUAUGAAGCGCCUCUUUAUGAAAUGAAAUUCGUCAAGAUGAAUUUGUUUGUUUUCCUUCAAAUGGAACACUUUGAUUUGAAACAAAAACAAAUCAAAAGUUCACAGAAAAAAGAAAAUCCAAAGUUUGAAAUGGUUUUCUUGCCUGCAAAACCGGAAAAGAGAUGACUUGCAUAGAGAUAUAGAUAUUUGAAAGACAGAUCGUAAAAAGUGAUAUUUUAGGUCAAAGAUUCUGCAAGAGAGAAGAUUGUAUUGGCAGAAGAUAAUUUAUUUUUAAUCCGUGUUUUUCCAAUGUAUAUAAAACACGUUAUGUAUUUUUGUGUUUCAACUAUAAUAAAUCUGU